AUGAAGCGGCAGCUCGUGGCCACGCUGCUGGUCCUGAUCGCGCUGCCGGCGUUCGCCGCGUCCGCUCCGGGCGCCGGGAUCGCGGCGCUGCUCACACACGCCGACGCCGGCCUCGGGUUCGCGAGGCCCGAGCUCUUGCGGCGGAUGGCGCACCGGUCCAGGGCGCGGCGGCGGCGGCUGCUGUCGUCGCAGGCGACGGAGGCGGAUCGGCCGGUGCACGCCGGCCUCGGCGCCGGCGCCGGCGGCAGCAUCGUGACGAACGAGUACCUGGUGCACCUGUCCGUGGGCACGCCGCCGCGGCCCGUGGCGCUCACGCUCGACACCGGCAGCGACCUCGUCUGGACGCAGUGCGCGCCCUGCCUCGACUGCUUUGAUCAGGGGAUGCCGCUCCUGGACCCCGCCCGGUCCUCCACCUACGCCGCGCUCCCCUGCGACGCGCCGCUGUGCCGCGCGCUCCCGUUCACGUCGUGCGGCGGCGGCGGCGGCAGCGGAGGGAGCUGGGGCGAGCGGAGCUGCGUCUACGUCUACCACUACGGCGACAAGUCGCUCACGGUCGGCCAGCUCGCCGCCGACCGCUUCACCUUCGGCGAUGCCGACGGCCACUCCGAACGGCGGGUAACGUUCGGCUGCGGCCACUUCAACAAGGGCAUCUUCCAGGCGAACGAGACCGGCAUUGCCGGCUUCGGGCGGGGGCGGUGGUCGCUGCCGUCGCAGCUCGGCGUCACCAGCUUCUCGUACUGCUUCACGUCCAUGUUCGAGUCCAAGAGCAGCCUCGUGACGCUCGGCGCGGCGGCCGAGCUCCAGAGCGGCCAUGUCUUCCAGUCCACCCCGCUGAUCAAGGACCCCUCGCAGCCGUCGCUCUACUUCCUCUCACUGAAGGGCAUCAGCGUCGGCUCGAAGCGGCUGCCGGUGCCGGAGCGGCGGCUGAGGUCGACGAUCAUCGACUCGGGCGCAUCGAUCACGACGCUGCCGGAGGACGUGUACGAGGCGGUGAAGGCGGAGUUCGUGGCGCAGGUCGGGCUGCCGGUGAUCGGUGCGGAGGCCGGCGCGGCGCUGGACCUCUGCUUCGCGCUGCCGGCGACGGCGCCGUUCUGGAGGCGGCGGGGGCGGCGAGCCGUGGCCGUGCCGUCGCUGACGCUCCACCUGGACGGCGCCGACUGGGAGCUGCCGCGCGGCAACUACGUGUUCGAGGACCACGGCGCGCGGGUCAUGUGCCUGGUGCUGGACGCGGCAGCCGGGGAGCAGACCGUCAUCGGCAACUACCAGCAGCAGAACACGCACGUCGUCUACGACCUCGGCAGGGACGUGCUGUCCUUCGCGCCGGCGCGGUGCGACGAGCUCGUAGCGUCGGUAUAG